AUGCGAUCUGCCUCGACAUCGUCAUCGACAGCACCGCCUAAUUUGACCUGGGCCGAGUUUCUCUCCAUUCGGCGGGCAAAGCGGCGCUGGGAACUCACCUCAACCAUUCCCAUGACAUUCGUCGGUCUUGGAGCUGGAGUUGCAUACUUUGGGUCGCUGGAAGCUGACGCAGCUCAACCGAUAUUUGGGAUUGAGCCCAUGUGGGUGUACGCCGCUGCGACGAUGGGGUGUAUGGGUCUAGGGUAUUUGAUUGGACCCACUCUGGGCGGUACACUCUGGCGAACAACACACCGACGAAUGAUGUCCGCUAUCGAGUUGAAGGACAAGGAGUUUCAUGCACGCAUUGUGAAGCACCGGGUGGAUCCCAGCAGGCAGAGUGCGAUGAACCCCGUGCCCGACUAUUAUGGUGAGAAAAUCGGGUCACUGCAUGAUUAUAGACGGUGGCUGCGCGAUCAGGCGAAGUUUAACAAGAAGGCGAUGUGGCCGGAGGAUUGA